AUGCCCAUGAUCCUCUCCCUUGUUGUCCUCUGGAUGCUGUCCUUCCUUUUCUGGCACUUGCCUCUGAUCUUGCCCUCCCUCCAGCGAGGCAACUACACGGGUUACUGCAGGCUCCUGUACGCGGCCAGGAGCGAGUACCUCUAUGCAAUCUGCUUUGGCAUCUUUGCUCCAUCCCUGCUGGUGCUGGUGUGCCUGCAUGUCUCAGCGGGCAGCAUUGCCUACGUGCAGCACACACAGCUCCAGCACGCCUGCACCCAGACGGGGUGCCUCCGCGCCUGCCCGCAGCACUUCAAGGGACUGCGGACUGUGCUCAUCGUCCUUGUUGGCUUCAGCCUGGGGGGGCACCGUGCAGGCCACCUGCAGCUCCUGCAACCUGGCUGGCCUGCUCAAGGGUGCCUUAUUACUGCUGGGUGA